UAACAUUAUAAAUUAUUAUAAAUAAUAUAGUUUCUCUAAGUUUUGGAGAAGCUGAAACCAAAUCCAAUUCAAUUUCAAUCGGAGACGUGAAGAAGGAUUCUUUUCAUGGCGACUUCAAAGCUUCAAGCCUUUUGGAAUCAUCCAGCCGGACCCAAAACCAUUCACUUCUGGGCCCCUACAUUUAAGUGGGGUAUCAGCAUUGCCAAUAUUGCUGAUUUUUCAAAACCACCUGAGAAGAUUUCAUAUCCUCAGCAACUAGCUGUCAUGGCUACUGGACUUAUCUGGUCGCGUUACAGCACUGUAAUCACACCAAAAAAUUGGAACCUUUUUAGCGUAAAUGUUGCAAUGGCAGGAACCGGCAUAUACCAACUCUCACGCAAAUUGCGGCAAGAUUAUUUCCCAGAGGAGGAGGUUGUAGCAAAAGAAUGAUGACGAAGAAUGUGAAAUGAUGAAGAAUUUGAAAAUAAGUUAUUGGAGUUUGAUGCCCUAAUUGCAAUUUUCAUGUUGAACAUUUAUCUGAAUUAUAAUUUUUAGGAAGUGUGGCUCAUUUUGUAGUUGGAAAAAGCGUAAAACUGUUAAAUCUUCUCCAUUCUGUGUGUAUCUUUCAUAUGGUACUUGAAUGUUGUAGAAUUAGGGACUCAAGAUAAGUGGGCAAUCUCAACACCACAUGCUCCUAUUUUAUCCAUCUUUAUAUUUAUUGUUAUGUUCAUAGAUUA